AUGAAUGACCCCAAGCACCUCGUCCGUCCGCCCGUCCGUCUGUCCGUCGCGGCAGGGACAGYCGUCAGCGGGCAGGCUGAGGCAGACGCCGAGCUGCGUUUUCCAGGUUCUGGGCGACAGCUAAGACCAGCAGAGCCUUCUGGAGAUGCUGAUGCAGAAGAUGAAGAUUCUAUUAACGAAGUGGCAGUAGAAGAUAUCCGGCCAAGACCACAAGGUUCCUCUCCAGUUUAUGAAUAUCCUGUAGAAGAAGACUAUUUAAAGGACACAAUGGAAGUGACUCUGAAAACAGAAGUGGAAGCUGGUGCUAGUGGCUUUAGUGUGACUGGAGGAGGAAAUGAAGGAAUAUUUAUUAAAAAAGUACUUAAGGAAUCCCCUGCUUCAAAAAUAUUUAGUAUGAAAGAAGGUGAUCAGCUUCUAAGCGCGACAAUAUUUUUUGAUAAUAUCAAGUAUGAAGAUGCCCUCAAGAUUCUUCAAUAUUCAGAGCCAUACAGAGUUCAGUUCAGCCUCAAAAGGAAAGUUGUUGGGAAGGAGCUAGAACACAUUCACUCCACAGCACGGCACAAAAAAGAAAGAUUAAGUCAGGAAAAAGAACUCACUGAAAGCAUUCCUGAAGAAACACUGCACAUUUCAGAGAAAAAUAUUUCAGAAGAAGACAAGGAAACAUUAAUUGUAAACCAAAGGAUGGGAAGAAGCAAGCGACCUAAAAAAGAUAGAUUAUCCUGGCCAAAAUUCCAGUCAAUUAAAAAUAAGAAGAUACUGGGACAUAGAAGAUCUCACAGUACAUCAGAUGCAUAUGAGCCUGCUAUACAAGAUAUCUCCCCAACAAGCACAGACACAGAGUCUCAAUUUCAGCAAGAACUCAAUACCAAAGAGAAAAAAGGAAGCCAAAAGAAACUGAAGUUCCCUAACAUUGGAUUCAAAAUGCAUAGAUCAAAACCAGAACCAAAAGAGAAGCAAAAAACAGAACUAAAAACAAAACUGUUAACUGAAAUAGAUAAAAUACAUAAAGAAGACAUUAGCAUGGAAAGUCAUGAAAUCUUGUCUGUUGACUACACCUCAUCUUCUGUAUAUGAGACAAAAACAGGGGAGGUACAUGAAAAUUUAACAAAAGAAUGGAAAGAAAUAAAAAAUGGCAUUCCAACCCAAAUAAAAAAACAACCUGAAGUUGAAAUAAGCCUUAAAAAACAAAAGGAGCAUGAAUCAACAUCGAAAUUUACUGUACCAGAAGUACCAGAUAUGUCAACAGAGAUAUCAACAUCUGGUUUAGAAACAUCAGAUAUAAAAGAGAGCCCACCUAAAAAAACAUCACAGGCUGCAUCAAAAUCCCGAAAAAAGAAACAAAAAGAACCAACACAAAAACUAGAAGGAGAAAAUGUAAUUAAUAUAGAAAUAACAAAUCACAUGGAGGAAGAAUCCAUACAUCUAAAAGAUUUAGAUAUAGAUAUGGCUAAAGCAGAAAUACACACAACAGUCCUAACAGGCGACGUCAGCCUCUCGACUCCCAACGUCCAGCUGCCCUCGCUCGAAGGCUCCCUCGCCCUGCAGGGGCCCGACGUAGACGGCAAAGCGCCCUGCGCCGACGUCUCGCUGGACGGAGCCCAAGUGGAAGGUGACGGCCUCAAAGGGAAGAUCAAGAUGCCCAAGUUCGACAAGCCCAAAUUUGGAGUGUCGCCCCCCAAGGACCAAGGGCCCCAAGCAGACAUCAGCCUGCCCGCCGCAGACGUCRACSUGCCGCGCGCCACCGUGACCGCCACGGCGGAAGGCSCYGCGCUGGGCCUCCAGGCCGACGUCCCCGCUGCCCAAACCGACGGGGCUGGCUGGAAGGUGGAAAUGCCCUCCCUCAAAAUGCCCAAAGCUGACAUCAAGGCUCCCAAGGUGGACAUCACGCUGCCCUCUGUCGAC